CUCAGACCAACAGCCCUGCUGCAGCGGCUGGAGAACGGACCCAUAAUCAGCCGUCUCUGCCGCUUUCCCAGCCACAGCGGGCCCCGCUGGAGGACGGGCGGGGAUGCUCCAGCCCCCUGCCUGGGGACCGCGCUGCCAGCCCGCCCCCUUUCCGCGCUCGCCCAGCAGCGGCUGGGGACUUUGGCGAGGAGCCCUGACACCUGCGGAGAAGUUCUGGCUGGCGGCGCUCGCCGGGCUCCGGGGCUGGGCACCAGGGGGAGCCGCGGGAACCUCCCGCCGCGCCUGGGCCGGGGCUGGAGCCGAGAACAGCCCGGGGGCUGCAGUCCGAGGCCCCGGGCGCUGGCGGAAAGCGGUCCCCGGGGAUCCGGGCGUCUCUCCUCCCGGCGAGCUCCAGCCGAGCCCAGCCUCCAGCCCUUCCCCUGGCGAGCAGGAUGGGCCGCCCGGGCGAGCCGCUGCGACGAUCGCCAACCUGCUGUGCAGAAACGUUUGCCAUGUAAAGCUUCCCAGCCCCCACGUGCCCCGACGGACCCAGAUGUUGGUACGAACUCGGAGCUGCAGAACGGCCCCAUCAGCGUCUCCAGAGGGUAACAAGAAAGAACAGGUGUGUCUGCCAUUUUCCAGCCUAGUUACCAUCUCCACAAGGUGCAUGGGAGAAUGGUAGUGCGACCAUAAGAUCAUGCUCUACACAAUGACAUGUUGGCUUCCAGUCCUGGGCCUCCAUUGGAUUCUUCUGAGCACAGCCCCCGUGGAGGCCUGCCCGGCUCGCUGCGAGUGCGCUCCUCAGAUCAAGUCGGUGGUGUGCCAUCGCAAACGCCUCACCUCCAUCCCCGAGGGGAUCCCCACCGAGACCAAGGUUCUGGAGCUCAGCAAGAACCGGAUCCGCUGCCUGAACCCGGGGGACCUGUCCCCUUACCCUUUGCUGGAGGAACUCGAUUUAAGCGAGAACAUCAUCGUCAGUGUGGAGCCCGGAGCCUUCAGCAACCUGUUUCACCUUCAGAUCUUGCGGCUCCGAGGCAACCAACUCAAGCUGAUCCCUUCUGGAGUCUUCACCAAGCUGACCAAUCUCACCCUCCUGGACAUCAGCGAGAACAAAAUAGUCAUCCUGCUGGACUACACGUUCCAGGACCUGAGGAACCUGAAGAACCUGGAGGUGGGAGACAACGACUUGGUGUACAUCUCCCAACGGGCUUUCUCUGGCCUCCUAGGCCUGGAGCAGCUGACCAUAGAGAAAUGCAACCUGACGGCCAUCUCGGCCGAAUCCCUUUCCUACCUCCAAAACCUGGAGGUCCUGCGGCUCCGACACCUCAGCAUCUCCGCGGUGGAAGAUGGGAACUUCAAGAAGCUCUACAAUCUCCUGCAGCUGGAGAUCGACAACUGGCCGCUGCUGGAGGACAUCUCGCCCACCGGCUUCCAGGGCCUAAACCUCACGUCACUCUCCAUCACCUACACCAACAUCACGGCAGUGCCCACGGCCGCCUUGAGGAACCUGGUGUACCUCAUGUACCUGAACUUGUCUUAUAACCCCAUCAGCACUGUGCCCAAGGGCUCCUUCAAGGACCUCCUCAGGCUGCGAGAGCUCCACAUGGUGGGUGCCUUCCUGGUCUCCGUGGAGCCUCAAGCGUUCUCUGGCUUGAGGCAAAUCCGCCUCCUCAACCUCUCCAACAAUUUCCUCUCCACCCUGGAGGAGAGCACCUUCCAUUCAGUGAACACGCUGGAGACGCUGCGCGUGGACAGGAACCCGCUGGCCUGCGACUGCCGCCUCCUCUGGAUUCUACAGCGCCGCAAGACGCUCAACUUCGACGGGCAGCAGCCCAUGUGCUCCUCACCCCCUGAGAUCCAGGGCAACGCCCUGCGUGACUUCCCGGACUCCAUACUCUUUGAGUACUUCACCUGCCAAAAGCCCAAAAUCAGGGACCGAAAGUUGCAGCACAUAACAGCCCGUGAAGGGCAGUCUGUCUCCUUCCUUUGCCGUGCAGACGGAGAGCCCGUUCCUGCCAUCAUUUGGGUCUCCCCUCAGCACAGGAUGAUCACCACCAAGAGCACUGGGCGAGCCACCGUCUUGCCCGGGGGCACAUUGGAAAUCCGCUUUGCCCAGGUCCAAGACAGUGGCACCUACAUUUGCAUCGCUAGCAAUGCCGGAGGCAAUGACACCUACUUUGCCACCUUGACAGUCAAGGGGCAUCCCGUGGAUGGCUCCCUUUAUGCAAACCGGACCUUGUACCUCAGCGAGUUCAACGACACCUUCCACAACAACACGCAAGUCUUCUUAAAGUUUACACUGGACCUCAAGACCAUCCUGGUCUCCACAGCCAUGGGCUGCAUCACCUUCCUUGGGGUCGUGCUCUUCUGCUUCCUGCUCCUCUUUGUGUGGAGCCGGGGGCGGGGACAGCACAAAAACAACUUCACCGUGGAAUACUCCUUCCGCAAAGUGGAUGGCCCCACCACCACCGCCGGGCAGGGCAGCGCCAGGAAGUUCAACAUGAAGAUGAUCUGAGCGGCUCCAGGAGGAGGCUGGUUCCUAGUCCACUGCCUGCCGCCAAAUGGGGCCCUCCAAGGGCCGGGCAGGGGGUCAGAGCAUCCUUCCUUUGUUUUCCAAGUGAGCACUUCGUCUCGUCAGGUGGCUGCGCUCCCCUGAGGGUCGAGGCAGUAAAACUCGCGGCGGAACCUGGCUGGGACGUUGGCUCGAUUCGACCACAAGGGCUUGGAAGCGACUGGGAGGAGCGAGCAGUUUUCCUCAUUGGUCUUGCCACACAACUGAAUUGAGCAGAAGCAUCACUGGAAACGGCCCCAGGUGCCUCCCAGCGGCUUAUUCUCAUUUCUGAGCACACCCCACCUUCUUGGAGCUGUGAGACCCCCCCACGCCCAGGUCCCAGAGGGCAAGCGCGGGCCAAGGAGGCAUGCACAGCCCUUGUGGGUCUGGGCCUCGCAAUGGAGCUAACUUUCUUUUGUAUCAACUAUGCAUUUUCCAGACCAUGAGCAAGCAGCGUCUGGGCCCGGAGAACCAGCUUCCUUUUUUAAGAGACGAUGUGGAACCCUUUCUCGGUUGUGGUCUAUGGUUCGUAUUUAAUUUGUUGGGAGGUGUUUUUUUUAAUGAAUUUCCAACAGAAGUCUUCCUGUGCGACAAAGGACUCCCGCAGAGCAGAGCGAGGGCAGCUCCCAGCUGCCCCGGCACGCGCACCAACCGGCCUGGGCGGCUCGAUCCAACGCUCGAUCCAACGCUGUGCCUGGGACGAGUUCUCAGCAUUCGGAAGAAGGGGAAACCUCUGAAGCUUGCAAAGCCCGGCGCCCGGGGAGGGAUCGUCCUGCACAAGCAAUAAUAACCCAACCCGACAGUCCCUUCCGGCCAUACGGGUCUGUGCAGGCACGAAUGCCACCCCAUUGGCGCUGAGCGGUAUUUCACCAAAGCACGCUGGCGUUCGAAGCCAGAGACCAGGCUGCGGGUUGUGGCGGCAGAAGAAACGGGAAGCGCAGUCCCUGUGAGUUAUGGCCAGGCCUCCGAAGGCUCGGAGCCUAGCUAGCUGGCUCGCGUGUAUGCGUCUCUCCCGGGCUACAUAGGGCUCUCGUGUGCAUUCGCACAGGCUACCUGCUUUUAGGCUGGGCCUGGCAGCAAAUUCUGCCAUGUUGGCAGGAGGCUGGGAGCUCUUCCGGGGGAGAGCCCAUCCCUACAUCUCGAGAGGCGCGGACAAAAUCUCCACGGUAAAAAAUGACACCAUAUGGACUGUGUCUCUCGCUGCUGCUGGCCUCUCUGGUCUGUUCCAGCCCUGCUCCUCCCCCAGGCCCCACCCCCACCCCACCUCUUCCCUCGAGGCCACGCCCUAUUCCCGCCCCUGCUCCGCCCCCCUCUCCUGAGGCCCCACCCCCACCCCACCUCUUUCCUCGAGGCCCCGCCCUCGCCCUGCCUCUUCCCACCCCUGGCUCCGCCUCCUCCCCUGAGGCCCCACCCUCACUCCACCACUUCCUGCCCACUCUCCACCCACCCCAAGCCCCUCCCCAAGCCACCAAACAGCUGUUCGGUGACGGCCACAUGGUGGAAAAGCUGUUGGGCAGUGGCACCCUCCAACAGCUGUGACUGGUGGGUGCUGAGCACCCAUUAUUUUUUUCCAUGGGUGCUCCAGUUCCGGAGCACCCACAGAGUCGGCACCUGCCUGGGGAGAAGGAGGAGUCCCCCAUUCCUGUUCUCAGGGGAGCUGCUCCCAGAGGACAGCGGGGUGGAGUGGGCACACAGUGGGGCGGGGUGAUGAGGAGUCGCUCUGUUCCCCUGUGGGAAUGGAGGGUCCCUGUCCCCUGAGCCUGUUGGGGGUAGAGGCCCCGUCACCCAUCCUGGAUGAAAGGGGGAAUGUUUUAUCUGGCCAUGCAUCUAACUGCCCAGCCAAUUGUGCGGUUACCCAGUUUGCAUCUAUUACUAUGGCAACUGUGUGUACAAAUUAGGUGUGCGCUUGUGCGUGCCCUAAUGGGCAUGCACAAAUGCACGGGCAGUUUGGAGCCCCUGACUCUCUGAGAGGGCACCCCCAUAUCAAAAGGGGCCGCCACUAGUGGAAAAAGAGACGUCCUGACCUGUGCAGAGAGACAGCGAAUGAGCCAAACGCAUUGAAACAGAGAGUCCGACCCAUGCCGCAAGAGAGAGCGCCCGAGCUAUGCAAUCAUAGCCCGAGCCAUGUGAAGAAAGGGUCACCCCAAAACCAGCUGGUCUUUUAUCCCAGCGAGCUCCAUUUAACCCACCAGCCGUCUGGUCCUUUGGCUUGCAAGCUCUGCAGGGCCUUCAGAGACCAGCGAGGCAGUGGAAAAACAACGCCAGAUGUUCGUGUGCCUGUAGGGCUGUAACAAGGUUGGAAAAUAAACAGCUAUUUAAACAAUAGCAUAACAAAGGCACGCGC